AUGGAAUUAAAGAAUAAAUAUAAGUUUUUAGGUCUGACAGCAAUUUUAGCAUUGAGCGGUAUUUUCUACAUCCAAAAGAAAAAGAACAGACCCAUUAGUUAAAAGAUAGCAGAAAAAUUUAAAGGCCUGUUUGAGAGAAUUGAUUCUCACUUCGGAGGCCAAUAGGUAGAAGAAGUAAUAGUCUAUCAUUAUCCAAGCUGAAUAAAUCUCUUAUAAAUAAUGAAGAAUUUAUGGAAAUCCUAUUGAAUGCAGCACAGGAUUUCUUUGACUUAAAAAAAGUAGAUGAGGAAAUAUCCAAAGUGGAUUUUAUUGGAUAAUUAUCCAUCAUAAAUAAAUAAAUUAAUUAAUUAUUAGAAAUAAGACUAGUUGCCUAAUAUGUUGAAAAGUAAAAGAAAUAAUAAAUAUAUAGAAAUUCACUGCGAUCAGUUCAAGAACUAAUUAUUCAGAAGUUGGCAUCAUAGAGAGUAACCAAAAAGCAACCUAAUAUUUAAUUUGGAGUGGCUACAAUGGAAUUUUUAAUAUUUGUUUAAUGUUCUUUUCUCCAUUUGUUACAUGAAGUAGAAAAUGCGUUGCAAGAGUUAUUGAAUCCUCAAAAAAUAGUUUCACUUAACUGCUAUUUAAUGUGCAUCCUAGAUUACUUAAACAAACUAUUGGCUAAACAUCCAAAUUUGAGAAAUCUAGUAGCAAUAGUAAUGCUUGAGAAAAUAGGAUCCAAUUAAUUUAAUUUCGACUUUUAGCAUGAUUGCAAGGAUCUUUAUUAUACUAAGGCCAUAAAAGACUGUAAAGUUCUCAAUAGUUGUGAUUGUAGCAUCUUUGAAUUACUCAGCAGAUAUAUUUCAAUAUUUUAAGCUUCUGUUUAGAAAGAUUUGUUUGAAUUCUUUAAAAGUAAUCAAUUGUUUUAGACUCAUGAACAUUUGUUGUAAAUGGGGAAAAUAUUAUUCAAAAAUACAUUCUAUUUAGGAGGAUAGUUGAGCCAAGACCAACUGUAUUAUAUUGACACUUUUUCACCUCUACAUAGUUUAUUAAUAGAAGCAACCUCUAAUUCAAGCGUAUAGGAAGAACUAUUGAAAUCGGAGGAGUUCGGAGUUAAUAUUUAAUAUCUUGAAAAAGUAAUAAAUUCACAUGAAAAUCCUUUUUUAAAUAAAUUGCUAGCAAGCUUGAUUGACAUCUAUGCAAUUACAUAUCCACUGUUUUACAAUUUAAAUGCAUUGAAAUAAAUUAUCAAUGAAGAUCAACAAAUAGAAUCAAUUCUUAGUACAUUUUUUGGAGUAUUAUUGAACUUAGAGAAUCGAGAAACGUAUGAUUCGAAUAAAUGUAUUACAAUAUAUGAAAUUAGAAAAUGAAAUUAGCAUUUUGGAUUGGUUUGCUCUGAAUAUGGGAACAAUAUUCACUUAGUAAUUGCUGGGAAAUAUAUCCGUUGAAUUUAUUCUCUAAUUACUUAAGCUUCAAGAGAUUUAAAAAAAAAUCUUAUUUACCUAUAUCUAUUGUUUAAGGGUCUCUCAAAAUAAAAGAAUCCAUGACAGACAAUCAAAAAAGAAAAAUGUUGACGUCAAUUCUCUCAUUACCAAAUUGAUAAGUUUGGUUGUAAUUUCAUUAUUAAAAGAUGAUUUUAGUAAUUAAAAUAUGGAUUCGGUCAUGAAGAAUUUAGGCUUUGUUGACGAAGAUGAAAGAUAGAAUAUAUUGUUAAAUAUACUCAGAAUUCAAUUUGAAAUGCCUUUGAUGAAUUUGAAUUAUCUCAAAUAUGUCUCUAUUAAAUGCCAGUAACUAUCCGAGGAAACCUACCAUUCCUUUAAUGGAUAUUUCACCAAUGUCUUGAAUCCUUCCACUCUUUCCUAUGAUCAAUAUAUGAUUUCAAUGCAAUUAGGAAUCAUCUAUGGGAAAGUUGACUCCUUCUUUGCCUCAAUUGGAUAGAGUUUUCUGAGAGAUCUCUAACAAUUUGAAUAAUACAAGGAUUUCUUAUAAAGAGACGUAAAUAUUUAUGAUCUAAUUUCUUAGCUUAUUCUUAUCGUAGAUUUGAUGGAAAGUCCUUAUUACUUUGCAAAUGUCUUAGUUCACAAUGGUAAUUGCCCUGAGGAUAUUUAUAAGCAUUUACUCAAAAAGGUUGCAAUUACCAUUUGGUAAUUAAAUCCUAAAAUCAAAUUUUCACAAUUGCAAUAUCAAAUAUCUUUACUUUUAAAACUAGAAGUCUUGCCUUAAGAUAUAAAGGAAAUGUUUAUCGUAGAUUAGAACAAUAUCAUUAAAUUAAAGGAGCAAUACGAAUAAUUAUGGCCAUUUAUGUGUUUGUAAAGAGAUUUAUAAUCAGUUGAAGUUUAUUUGAAAUUAGUUGCAGAUGAAGUGUUAUUCAAUGAAGUAUAUAAUUCCUUUGAUUAACUAGUUAUUGCAAGAUUAGGCCAGUUUUGAAUUCUUAUCCAGAAUAUAAGAAGUCAUGUUCAAGAGCCCCAAUUUUAUAUAAAUAAUUUAUUAAUUGUUAUUGUGUGCCAAUAGAUUGAAUCUUAAGAUUUGGUUAGGAAAAAUAUUGUUUUAUGCCAAGAAGUUUAGUCAUGUCAAUUAAGAGUGCAAAACCUUAUUAAAAUCAAAGGAGUGCUAAUCCUUUAUAGAAGAAAUGCCUUCAAAUUAUAAGAAAUAUAUGCAAAUCGAGAAUUGA